GGGAAAGUAAAGAUUAUUUCUUCAUUUAACUUAAUUAUAUAUAUAUGGAGACAAAAGAAAAGGAACGAGAUCAUUGUAGUAGAAGAGUCUAGAAACUAAAAAGAGAGAGAGCGAGAGGGAGAGAGAUAGCAAAAUGGAGUGGAGGAAAUGGUACUUAGACGCGAUUCUUGUGCCCUUAGCUCUUGUGCUGAUGCUUUGUUACCACAUCUACUUGUUCUUCGUGGUUCGAACCCAUCCCUUCUCCACCAUCCUCGGCAUUAACUCUCGCGGCCGCCGAAUCUGGAUCUCUGCUAUGAUUAAGGAGAAUCAGAAGAUGAACAUAUUAGCGGUACAAACACUGCGUAACAUAGUAAUGGGAGCUACACUGAUGGCUACCACCUGCGUGCUCCUCUGUGCCGGUCUAGCCGCAGUGAUAAGCAGCACUUACAGCAUCAAGAAGCCACUAAACGAUGCCGUUUAUGGUGCUCAUGGAGAUAUCGCCAUAGCCGUCAAAUACCUAACAAUCCUCACAAUCUUCAUCUUCUCCUUCUUCUCCCACUCUCUCGCCAUCCGUCUCCUCAACCAAGUCGGCAUUCUCGUUAACAUCCCUCAUUUAGACUCUAAUCCCUCUGGUGAGUUUUACCUCACGUCUGAGUACGUCAGCGAGCUGUUCGAAAAGGGUAUCUUGCUCAACACGGUAGGUAACAGGUUGUUCUACGCCGGCUUUUCUCUGAUGCUAUGGAUCUUUGGUCCCAUCCUCGUGCUCUUGAGCGUUUUGGUGAUGGUGUUUGUUCUUUAUCACCUGGAUUUUGUGUCAAGCAGCAGCAAUAAAGAGAAACAACGUAUAGGGGAUUGUCGUCGCGCCUCUGAUCUUCCAAGUGGUGGUGAUGCAUGAUGCAUAAUAUGGUAGUAAUUAUGAUGACGUCAUAUCAUCCGGAUUGUUUAGAGAGAAUUGUACUUGAAGAGUUUAUGUUUAUAAUUGUACUUGGAGACUUUAUGUUUAUGUGGCCUUAUUAGUUCCAUAAACUUUGGGCCAUUCUUCUAUUAUUUCGGCUCUAUAUGUAUAAGCUUUAUGAUAUAUAGUGUGGUAUCAGAUACAUCAAAAUAUUGUGAACAAUAUAGCAUAAUCACAUUUUCAAAACAUGC